AUGUCUUUUCCUCCUAAAGCUUCAAAGAAUAAAGAUAAUGAAGAAUUUGAGGGCUUUGUUGAAAUGCUUAGACCUGUAUUUUUGCGUCUUCGUUUGACUUAUAUUACAAAAACGAGGGGAGCGCCGCCGCACCUUCUCGUUGUAGGCGACAGCUCGAUGGACCGUGUCGUCAUCUCCGGCAUCCUCCGGAGCUUCAACUUCCGCGUGACCGCCAUGGACAGCGGGAAGAGGGCGCUGGAGCUUCUUGCCUCCGAGGCCAAUGUGAGCAUGAUAUUCACUGACUACUCAAUGCUGGAGAUGACCGGCUACGAGGUCCUCAAGAAGGUCAAGGGGUCAUCCAAGCUGAGGGAGAUCCCCAUGGUGAUCAUGUCCUCGGUGAACGUGCCUACAAGGAUCAACAGGUGCCUGGAGGAAGGAGCCGAGGAUUUCCUGCUCAAUCCCAUCCAACCGUCCGAUGUGUCGCACCUCUGCAGCCGUCUCCUCCAGUGA